AUGGAGUCCGAUCCAAUUCCGGAGGGCGGCAAGGCGGUGGCGCCCGCUGCGCCGCGUCGUCCGCUCAAGCUGCGCCUCAAGGUGGGCGGCGUGGUCGUCGACGUCUCGCGCGCCGCUCCCAGUGCGUCGCGCGCGGGGAACGGGGGAAGCGGGGGGAUUAGUGCUGACAGCGGGAGCAGCCGCGAGAAGCGUCGCAAAUCCGAUGAGCGCAGUGAUUCUGAUGAGCGUAUAAAUUCUGACGACGCGGAUGUUGCGGAUCUCCGUCGCGGUGCGAAGGAGCAUAGACACGCUAGAAAGGAAGGUUCGCGCAAGGAUUCCAGGAAGGAAGCGGAAGGCGGUUGGGAGCUGCAGACACCGCCGAUAGACGAUCGGCGGACGGGCGGGGAAGCGAGGACGCGUUUGCUGGAGGGAAAGGAGAGAAGGGAGCGGCAGAAGCUAGAAAAACAGGAGCAGCAGCAGGAGCGGGAGGAGAGGGAUAUGAAGGCGACGAGAGAGACAAGGGAGGGCGAGCGCGGGCGGGCAGAGUCGGGCAAGCCGAGUGCGGUUGAGCUGGAGCAGGUUGACGAUGAUCGGACGGUGGAGCGCGCCUCGCGGAGGGAGGGUUUGGACGAGCGCGGUCGGUUGCAGCAGGCGUUGGAGAAGGCGAGGAAGGUGCUGUCACAGAGCAAGGAAGCACGUGCGAGCCCCACUUCCUCGUCGCCUGCUUCGUCGCCCUCCUCCCCUGCGACACCUGGCGUCGGCACCACCACUGCACUUGCAUCUCCAUCCACGCCGUCUGCGCCGCAGUCCAGGCAGCAGAGGCAGGGCAGUCGCAACCGAGGCCGGGGCACAGCGCAGGAGAGCAGCAAUGCUGGCAGCACAGGCAAUGCAGCGGGGCAGCAGCAGCACCGUGUGUUCGUGGGCGACCUGGACCCCGCCACCUCUGCCGCGGAGCUGUCAGAGGCGUUCUCACGGUUCGGAGUGGUGGUGCACGCACGCAUGGUGGAGCUGCAGAGCUACGGGUUCGUGGGGUUCAAGCAGCGGGCGGAGGCAGAGGCUGCUAUCGCUGCAGGGGAGGACGGCCGCUCGACUAUCAUUGUCCGGGGCCAGCGGGUGCGGGUGUCGUGGGCACAUGGGUCUUUGCCAGAAUGGAAGAAGGGUGUGGGGGGGUUUUCCUUUGCAGAAGGUUCCUCGAAGCUGCAGAAUGGGCGCAUGAAGAUGCUGGCAGCUACAGCAGCAGCCAGCGCUACAGCCAUGGCAGUGCUGUCCGGUGCUGCCCCAGUUCCCAUGCCCCUCAACAUUAGUCAAAUUUCAGACGCCAUGGCUGACGAUAUCCCUCUCAAAGAUCAGCUAGACAUCGUCAUUCCUACCAUUCGCAACCUCGAUUUCCUCGAGCAGUGGCGGCCUUUCUUCGAGCCAUACCAUCUUAUCAUAGUCCAGGAUGGAGAUCCAACCAAGGUCAUUAAGGUCCCUCCCGGUUUUGACUACGAGCUCUACAACAGAAAUGACAUUAACCGGAUCCUUGGCCCGAGAGCGUCGUGCAUCUCGUUUAAGGACAGUGCGUGUAGGUGCUUCGGUUACAUGGUGUCGAAGAAGAAGUAUAUCUACACAAUCGACGACGACUGCUUUGUUGCCAAAGAUCCGUCAGGGAAGGACAUCAACGCUCUUCAACAGCACAUUAAGAACCUGCUGAGCCCGUCCACGCCGUACUUCUUCAACACACUGUACGAUCCGUACAGAGAGGGUGCUGACUUCGUCCGAGGUUACCCAUUCAGCCUUAGGGAGGGAGUUUCGACCGCGGUGUCGCACGGCUUGUGGCUUAACAUCCCCGACUACGAUGCACCCACGCAGCUCGUCAAGCCAAGCGAGAGAAACACAAGAUACGUCGACGCGGUGAUGACUGUCCCUAAGGGAACCCUCUUUCCGAUGUGCGGGAUGAAUUUGGCGUUCGAUCGGGAGCUCAUCGGGCCAGCCAUGUACUUCGGACUCAUGGGCGAUGGGCAGCCAAUUGGACGCUACGACGACAUGUGGGCGGGCUGGUGCAUGAAGGUGAUUUGCGACCAUUUGGGUCUUGGAGUGAAGACAGGAUUGCCAUACAUCUGGCACAGCAAAGCCAGCAAUCCGUUCGUCAACCUGAAGAAGGAGUAUAAGGGUAUCUUCUGGCAGGAAGACAUCAUCCCCUUCUUCCAACAAGUGAAGCUGCCCAAGGAGGCAACAACGGUGCAGCAAUGCUACCUGGAACUUGCUAAGCAAGUGAAAGACAAGCUCUCUUCGCUGGACCCGUACUUCACCAAGCUAGCGGAUGCUAUGGUGACAUGGAUUGAGGCCUGGACGGAGCUGAACGCUAAGGCUCCUGCCUCCAAUGCUUCUCCUGCCAAAGCAAAGCAAGCUGCCAACCGCUUUCCGUCCGACUCCUGGCGAAGACCUGACGUUUCGCGGCUCUCUUCGCCGUACACGCCCUCCCCCGUCCAUCUCCAAACGCCAUUCCGCCAAUCCGUAGCUCGCAGCACCCUCGCCACGUCACCAGGGACGUCAGGCCCGCCAGUAACGGUGCCGGACCUGCCCACCGUGUCGGUAGUGAUUCCUCUCUACAACGAGGCUCGGAGCAUCCCGAUCCUGGUGGAAAGGGUCGGUGACGUGCUGAGCCGCGCGGGGUGGCCGCAUGAAGUGAUCUGCGUGGAUGACGGGUCGUCUGAUGGCACGUCGCUGCUGCUCAAGGCGAUGGCAGCAGAGCGGCCGGAGCUGAGGGUGGUGGUGCUGCGCCGCAACUUUGGCCAGACGGCCGCCAUGGCUGCUGGCUUCGACUACGCUGCAGGUGACUUCAUAGUGACAUUGGAUGGCGAUUUGCAGAACGACCCGUCAGACAUUCCGCGGUUGCUGCGCCUGCUGCUGCUGGGUCGCAAGGGCGCCGUGGGGCAGGAGGCGGGGGCGCGGUGGGUGGCGGGGAGGGAGCGAGACGGCGGGGGGUAUGACAUGGUGUGUGGGUGGCGGCGCGCGCGAAGAGACGACUUUCUCUCGCGCAAUCUGCCCUCUGCUGUGGCGAAUCUGCUCAUUGGCGCCGUCACAGGGGUGCGGCUGCACGACUAUGGGUGCAGUCUGAAGGCGUACCGCGGGUCGCUGGUGCGCUCCAUGCGCCUCUACGGCGAGCUGCACCGCUUCCUGCCCGCCCUCGCUGCCAUGGAAGGCGCCUCCAUCUCCGAGCUUGAGGUGCAGCACCAUCCACGGCAAGUGGGGGUAUCAAAGUACAAUCUCUCACGCAUGCCCCGUGUGCUCGUGGAUCUGCUCACAGUCGCCUUCCUCACGCGCUUCCGAGACCGCCCCAUGCACUUCUUCGGGCCCCUCGCCGCCCUCACACUCCUCGCUGCUGCUGUCUUUUUUGUCCUCUUCUGUGCCGCGGCGCUCAAGGCGGCUGCGGCGUAUGGGGUGGGCAUGGCCAUGGUGGUGGGGGCAGCUCAUCUGGUGGCGUCUCUUGAGUUUGUUGUUGCUGGAUUCGUUCUAUUUGGGCUAGGCCUGGUGGCAGAGCUGUGCAUGAGGACGUACUACGAGGCACAAGGGAGAUCUGUGUACCGAGUGAGAGAGGUUGCCAACUGA